GAUGAUUACCUCUUAUCAUUUGCUCUGGUCGCCGACCACUUGUUCCAAGUCAUUGAAGGCAGAAUACGCAUCCAACGCAAGUUGAUGUGAUCCAAAGCCACGUCGGGGCAUUUGCCUCCCGGUACACUAGUCCCGUCCGCGUCUGUGUUUGCGGCGGCGGCGGCGGGCAUCAUGGUUAGGUGGUGGUUUUGCUUUCCAGCUUCCGCUCUUGUCGAGCGCCCGUUUGCGCGUUUCAACACUGGCGGAUGGUGUCACAGCGGUUUCCUUUUCGAGCCCGGCCAAUCCUCCCCCGCCCCAUCUCAUCUCAUCCACAGUCCGUCGCAUUUGUGCAUCGUGGAACAGAAACUCAUUCACACGGCAAUGGCUCGGUAUAUAGUAGCCCCCAUGUAGCAGUGGCUAGCUCACCAUUCAUAGGUAUUAUCUAUCGUCGCCUUGCUCGACAUAGCCCGGAUAUGGUGUGUCUCUUUGUACCCCCCCUCACGUCAUCCUCACCACCUGCCGCCGCCUUCGAUCCCAUCCAUCCCUUCAACCCUUGGAGUCUCGCUUGACUUUGGAGGGGCCGCGUUUUUCUGGAAAGAUCUGCUCAGAUGGUUUCCGCCCUUCCAAGUCUCCAACGGCUUUCAAACGACUUCGACGCUUCGCCUACUGCAGAUCUACACAUCGAAAAGGGCCCCUCAUCUCCAAGCAACCCCCUUCUCAUCCCGGUCCAUGGUGAUCCUUCGGUUGUGACGCUGUCGACUGCCCAAGGCCCUUGCAGACUGUCUGGGGACGAUCGCCGUCUGUCCUGUCCUCUCUGGCCAAUCCGCUCUACCCGGCUUUCCAGAAUAUCCACGGCCGAAUCCACCAAGCGGUCACCCUUCCUCACCUUAUCACCACACUGCCCCAACCCGUCAUCCCGCGAGUCUGCGCGAGGGAAGGUGUUCUGGGGCAGAACGCUUGGGAUUUGUUUACACGGUUGAUCUUCGCUUUGGGAAAGCCUGGGAAUCUCCCUUUGGCAUCCAUAUCCUCCCUGUUUCGCUUCUUCCACCGCUCAUCCUAUUCUACUGUCACCUUCCUCAAACCCCCCCCUCCCCUCCUUUUUCUCUAAACCUCGAACCUGGAUCCCGUGGAUCCCCAUACUGCUUCUUCCGCCGCCGCUCCUCGAAGGAGACACGCAACAUCCCUCAACUAAUUAUCAAGCGGGCCUGUCAAAGUCAACAUUGCUCGCUAACCCCUAGAUUGGGAUUUGCACAUGUGCUACCUCGCUACCCAGUUGUCAUCAAGCAUGUCGACUUUCUACCGAGAAGCUUAAUCUUGCUCGCCGCCCUCGACUCUAUUGUCGCUGGACAGCCAAACAUCUGGGCGCACCUUUCCCCUUCCCGAAAAGAGCAACACAACGGUUGCCGGCUUCCAGAUUGCCCUGGUAUUCUUCGUCCAUCCGGCUACGGUCGUCUCGCCUCGACGUACACGGGAAUUUGGUACCUGACCAAUAGAACAACUCUGAGGGUUAGAUCCGUAUACACUCCUUCUGGACACAGCAACAAGCCACCAACAUUUACUUCCCAACGGACCCUCUGCUUGUGUAGCCAUCGGUUCUCACACGGUUUAUACCAAAAUGCCACCCACUCUCGACUUGAGUAGGACGAGACACGCCAAAAUGAUCAUUUCUCCGCCCCGAAUCAACCUGCGGAGGGCAGCCUCUUACCACCACGACAAGGGACCCGUCUCUGCGACAUCUUCCCGUUUCAACUUCGACCACCUCAUGUUCUCUCCUCCUCCGUCACCAGGUCUACCGUCGCUCUCACCCCCGCUGCGCAAACCGUCCAAAGGAUUCGCCGGAUUCGUCCGGCCCAGGAGGGUUGUCCGUUACAUCCUUUACAUAUGCGGACUUGUUUUGAUUUUCUACGCGCUCAAGUGGUUAUACACACACAGCCCGGUGCUCCCCUUCCUUUCUCGGCCGUAUGACCACUCUCUAGUGUCACGAGCCGACCUACCAGAUCACCCAGCGCCCAUUUUAUUGACCGAUUCGCGGGGCCGGAUAAGCUGGACAGUUUCGAUACCCCAGGGCUCGGAGUUUCCUCUUACCGCCGAGGACUUUACGAACGUUUGUGAAAAGUGUCGGGAAACGGCGGAACAGGUGCAGCAACUGAGAUCACAGAAGAGCAGCAUACCACAAGCAUAUCUCGGGUUUCUUUCCCAUACGUCGGGCUCUCACUUUAUCGACGUCAAGGAGGCCCAGCAGGCUGGGUACCUUCCUGCGCCCGCGUCCGCGGACAAAGCGCAAGACGCGGUGAAGACUCUUGUGGGGGAAACCGUAGAAGGGACGAUACCGAAGCCUGUGUGCGAGAAAAGCUUGACCUUUGUCCUCGAGUCAGACGAUGCUGGUCUGGGAAAGACUUUAAUGAUGCUCUGGACAGCGUACGGGUUGGCCCAAAAUGAGGGCCGCGCCUUUUUCAUCGACGACAGCCGCUGGGCCUACGGCAAGUACAUGGACAUCUUCCAGGCACCUCCUCGCGAGGACUGCGGACCGCCUCCCAGACACGAGAUGCUUCCCUGCCCACUUGAAGCUCGCCAUCUAGUCGUUUCCACCUGGACAGCCAUUGACCUUUUCGGUGAGCUGCUUGUCGGAGGCUCCUCUGACGACCCGCUAGAGCGACUAAAACCGUCCGCGCAAAAGAAGAUGUUCAACCUCGCCCGCCUCGGCCACGAUGCGCUAUUCCGUCUCAACAAAGACGACAAUGUUUAUGUCGACAACCGCGUCCGCGAUCUCAUGGCCAGGCGGAUCGUGCCCAAGACGAAAGGCAAGCAAAACGGUCUGGCCAUCGGUAUCCACGUCCGCCGCGGCGACCGCCACCCCUUUGAGUACCAGUACCGUUCUUCUUACAUGCCUGUCAACAUCUACGCCGAAACCGCGCGCGAGAUUUUGGAGGACAAGUUCAAUCACACCGGCCCGCACGGGGCCGAAGAUGCCGUCGCCAAGUCCCACAGCCUCAUGAUUCUUGCCUCUGAUGACCCUAUGAUCUACCAAGCCACCGAGCUCAAGGGCGCAACACUGGCGCAGGAGCGUAUCAAGCUCGCCGCCAAGCAGGAGAUGAAGCAGCCCGAACUCGACAGGAACGUGAUGCACAAGUUCCACGAUGAAGCGUUUGGCUGGGAGGGCGGGUUUUUCUCGGCCAUGUUCUGGAACUUGGGCCAGUCCAGCUCGAACGCAGAUGUGGAAGCUCACAAGAAAAGUCCAUCGGCUGAUGCGAUCCGGCUUAGGAGCCUGGUGGGCCGCGCGUACAUGAUGGACCUGGCUGUGCUGGCGGACGCGAGCGAUGUGGUGAUUUGCACAGUUAGUGCUGUGGGGUGCAGGUUGCUGGCGGUCAUGAUGGGCUGGGAGAGUGCGAUGGAGAAGGGCAAUUGGGUUAAUAUUGAUGGGGGGUAUGGGUGGAGGGGGGUUUCUUCGUGAUGCGGUGCUGUUAUUGCGAGGCCAACGAUGGAUGGACUCACAUCAGAUAUCAGGGGACUUUUCUUUCGAAAGAAAUGACCAAGAACGAGACAACGGGUGAUGUAUGAACCAUAAGCAAGGAACGCCACAGCUUCCGAAGCAUCAACAUCAACAAUCACAACCACAACCACAACCAACAACAACCACAACAACAAACUUGCCAGUCAUAGCGCUUAUUCUUUGCAGCUUUUCGCAUUUUGGACGGCGUUCAACCAGGAGUUACACUUUCAUUUUCGGGGUAACAAAAAAGGGGAAGGGGGGAGCAUUGAUCAUUCCGGGAUUCUUGGGAUAGGGCACUCAUGAUACCACAUAACACGCAUUCACUCAAGCUUUUCUCUAUUCCUUCGUAUGGGUUUUCUUCUUUCGAUGUCAGAUAGAACAUGUCCCGGCUUCCUGUCAGAAUCAGCAUUGAU